AUGUUGACAUCAUCUCCUUACAAGAGUGAACUAGAAGACCUUCAUACUAAAAGAAAGGUUGUCACGAAGAAACAAAAGAAAACCACAAACAGCACUGGAAAGCUGAAAGUGAAAACAAGACAGAAAGGUAAAGUAAAUAAAGAAGAUACAAGUGCCUCGGACAGUGACGAAGAUGAUGCGGAGUGCUUGUAUUGUGGCAGUCUGUAUUCACAAUCAUCAGAAGGAUGGAGUUAUAAUGCCUUCCUAGAAGAGAAAGAAAGUAGAGAGAAAAAAAAGUUACUGGAAGAACAGAAAGAUCUAGAAAGAAAAGCAGAAGAAAAAGAACAACUAGAGAAGUUGAAAAAUCAGAAAAGAACAAUUGAAGAGGAUGAGCAAAAGUUGAAGAAAUGUAGGAAGGAAUACAAAGAAAUUGAAGGAAGUGGCUUAACACUUCUGGAUGAAGCAAAUGAAAGACUCAUAAAAGCACUGAAGAAAAGAGACUUCAAAGAAGUUGCAUUGGCCCAAGCAAUGAUUGAAGGGGCUAAAAAAGUCCAAGUUCAAGCUGCUGAAACAAAGCGUCAAUUGGCCCCAGACUGCAUGUUUGCAGAGUUCGUGACAGCGGAUGACAACGUUGCAGUUUGGGGUACACAAGAUGAUGAUUCCGAUGACGUCAAGGGGCAGGAGCCGAGCGAUGAAGAGGAGGAGGAGGAGGAGGGGGAGGGAGAAGCAGAAGAGCCAGAAGUUGUGCCGACGUCCUCAAAGCUGGGGAUGUCUAUGAAUAUCUUCUGA